AUGGAAGCCCUUCACCUGGGCUGCCCGUCGUUGCGCACCCACCCGUCAUUCUCUCUCAAGRCCAAACACACCAACGUGGCCUUUCUCAAGACGCACAAGACGGCCAGCACCACCAUGCAGAAUCUGCUCUUCCGCUUCGCCGAGCGCCACAACCUGACCGUGGCGCUCCCUCACCCACCUCCNGCCUGCGGACACCAGUUCUGCUACCCGCGCACCUUCAGCACCCACCUCGUCCACCCACACACCCUGCCACCCAACGUGGUCACCAGCCACAUGCGCUUCAACCGCGCCGAGAUGCAACGCCUCAUGCCUAAUGAUACCAUCUACGUGACCAUACUUCGAGAACCAGGGUCCAUGUUUGAAUCGUUGUUCAGUUACUAUAACCAGUACUGUCAGAGUUUUAAGAGAGUUCCCAACGGCUCUCUGGAGGCGUUUCUGGACGAGCCGUGGCGGUACUACCGUCCGGACGAGAAUGACUCCAUGUAUGCCCGUAACACUCUGACUUUUGACCUGGGCGGGGACAAGGACCAUCCGGAGGCGGACGUGGCUGCGUACGCCCGGGCCUUCGUGGCCAAGACGGAGCGCGUCUUCUCCCUGGUGAUGAUCGCCGAGUACUUUGAUGAGUCGCUGAUCCUCCUCCGUCACCUCCUCUCCUGGGAUCUGGAAGAUAUGCUCUACGUCAAGCUCAACAUGCGGACGUCCGGCUCCAAGCACAGCCUCUCGCCGGGCCUCCCUGCCAAGAUCCGCGCCUGGAACAACCUGGAUGCACGCCUCUACGACCACUUCAACGCCUCGCUGUGGCGCCAGCUGGCAUCCCUGGGCCCAGCGUGCGUGGCCAGGGAGCUGCGGCUGCUCCGCAGGGCCCAGGAGAAGCUGGUGAGGGGCUGCUUCGGGGGAGGGCUCCCCCAACUCCGCUCGGCCGCCCAGAUCAAGAACAAGGAGCUGCGGCCGUGGCAGCCCAGCGCAAAGGUGGACAUCGUGGGCUAUGAUCUGCCGACCAACACCAAUGCUACACGGCCCGGAAGCCUGGCCCACYAGCUGUGUCUUAAGCUCAUCAUGCCCGAAGUCCAGUACACCAGGGUCUUGCUACGAUCGCAGUCGCUACGCUACCGACGAAGCUACCCCCUCCGCUCCCCUCAGCCCCAGCAGCCCAUACGGUCGGUCCUAUCACGCCGCAAACAUGUGGGGAUGCAGCCGAUGCACCGGCAGGCCCCUCCUCUAGGACCUGGUCCUGCCUCGAGCCCCACAGCCACUCCUCAACCCCCAGGGACCCAGAGCAGGGCCACCAGGGUGGGACUAAGGUCCUCGGGCCCCCAGAGGAAGACACCAUAACUUAAGACUGGGUCCCAGCCUUUAAUAUAGAAUGAAUACAGACAGACUGAAUACAGACAGACAAACAGACAGACAGAUUGAAUACAGACAGACUAAAUGCAGACAGACAGUCCUCCARACUUAAAAAUGCUGGGUUGUUUGGUUAACCCAACUGCUGGGUUGCAGGCACUGGGUCACUUAGUUAGAUUUUUUUCUUUCAAACUGCUGAGUUAUUGACGCUGGGUGCUGGGAAAUUGAGAUAUGACUCAGAAAACUGGAGACGUAGUUUAAUAUGGGRGUGGCUUUCAGAUAGUUAUUUUUAGUCACCCAUGACAGUAAAUGUCAUUCCUGUUCAUCUGUUCUGUUUUAUAGUUAUCACAUGUUAAGGUUAAACAUUGACAUUUUUGUAGAUUCAAUAAGGCUUACAGAAGUGUAUGAGUUCCCUAACAACCUAUGGAAAUCCCAUUGUUGGGAUACAAUAAGGUGGUACAGUAUACUUUAUUAUAAUAUGUAGUAAAUAAUCUUAAUAUUAUAGAAGAAUGUGUAAAAUACAAAAACAAUUAAGUAAAAUUUGAAUAUGCUGUAUGUAACUUAUCGGUGGCCGAUAAGAUCUAGCUGAAAGUCACGCCCCUAAUAAGACACACUUCCUGAAAAUGACCUAAGGAUUAUAUUCAAAAGGACCCAGCUGCUAGGUCAACCCAGCAUGAGAGUAAAAAAUACCCAACACAUGGUUGAAUUAACCCAUGUCUGGGUAAUCCCAACAACCCAUUGGUUCCAAGGGACUAUAUCAGGGGGCUCUGGAGGAGAGAGGAAGAGACGGGGGGAGGACACCACCAGACUGAGACUAGAGGUUGGGCCACAGCAAUAUGGGCAGAGCACUCCUAUUCAUCGUGAACUCUGUAUGGAACAAUAGAGAACUGUUACUCUCUCUUUCUCUCUCUCUCUCUCUCUCUCUCUCUCUCUAAUACCAUCCUCCCCCUCCCGAGAGAGAAUCACUGCUCUGGGUGUGUAUCCUCCAACCCUCCAGCCAGGCCAGCUCUUGACCUCUCCCCAAAUGACUCUCCCCCGUCCCACUGUGGGAGUUAGGCCCCAGGACAGAGGUCAAAGGUCAGCCUAAGGGCGGCUAGCAUAUCUCCCUGCCGAGCCUAUCCCCUAACCCGGUCUAUCCCCUAACCCGGUCUA